AAUAUUUUCAUCAAUAAAGAAAGCGAUCUCACACCCACAGAGAGAAGGGAAGAAAAAGAAAAAAAAGAAAAAGACAAAAAGAGAGAAGAAGGAAUAAAGAGGUGGGAAGGAAAGAGAACGACAGGAGUUGUUGUUCGGAAAAGCAAGCGUGCGUUGCGUUGCGUUGCGUUGUUGUUCUCUUUCCUCAAAACUACAGUAAGCAAAAAUGGCCGCCGCCACAACUAAUGCUGGUCCCCAGAAAUGCACUGCUUGCGACCAGACUGUGUAUCUGGUUGAUCGCCUCGCCGCCAACAACCGCGUCUAUCACAAGGCCUGCUUCCGCUGCCACCACUGCAAUGGCACCCUCAAGCUGGGAAACUUCAACUCUUUCGAGGGAGUGCUCUACUGCAGGCCACACUUCGAUCAGCUCUUCAAGAGAACUGGCAGCCUCGACAAGAGCUUCGAAGGAAUUCCAAAGAUCGCUAGGCCCGAAAAGACUGUUGAAAAUGAGAACGCAGCCAAGGUUUCUGGCCUGUUUGUCGGAACCAAAGACAAAUGCCGGGGCUGUGAAAAGACAGUUUAUCCCAUUGAAAAGGUUUCUGUGAAUGGAGCUGCGUACCACAAGAGCUGCUUCAAGUGCAGCUAUGGCGGGUGCACGAUUAGCCCAUCGAACUACAUUGCGCAUGAGGGCGUUCUGUUCUGCAAGCACCACCACAUGCAGCUCAUCAAGGCUAAGGGAAACCUCAGCCAGCUCGAGAGCGAGGCCGCCGCCGCUACCAAAGAGGCAGCGGCAUCUCCAUCGUCUGUUGAAGUCGAGGCUCAGUGAAUUAAUUCAACCCUUUAAUUUCCACCUCAUCAUACUCUCUCUCUAGAUCUCUGUCUUCUCCCGUCCAACCUUUUUUUAAUCUUUUUUGUUUUUGUUUUGUUGUGUUUUUGUGUUCUCAUUGUUUUUUUGGGAUUGCUAGAUGCCUUAAGCAGGGAUUUGUAGAUGUUAAUUGUUUCUUCAUCAAUACAAUUGUUCCUUCUUCUGGUAA